GGUUAGCUCAACCCUUCUCACCACCCCUUGCUGCCUUUGUAACAAUCUCUUGCUCUUCUCUCCUACUUGCUCGGACGAUCUCCAUUGGAAGGUUUAUAGGGAUCCAUGGCGUCUCCGAGGGAGACGGUGGUGACGCCGGCGAUGUCGCUGAGCAAGACGGGGACUGGGCGCCGCAGGCCGAGGUACCGCCUCGAGACGAGGGCUCUGUCUUACGUUCUUCCGGCGCGCGGCGUCCGAGUGUCCUCCUUCUUGCCGGGCGGCAAGGGUGGUGGCGGCGAGCGGCUGCUGCUGCGGAGCGUCACGUGCGAGGCGGCGCCCGGGGAGGUGGUGGCGAUCGUGGGGCCGAGCGGGGCGGGCAAGACCACGCUGCUGUCGGUGCUGGCGGGGUCGGCGGACCCGGCCAGGGUGCUCACCGGGGCGGUGCUGGUGAACGGCUGCCCCAUGGACGCCGCACGCUUCCGCCGGGUGUCCGGCCACGUGCCGCAGGACGACGCGCUCUUCCCGAUGCUCACCGUCGAGGAGUCGCUGCUGUACAGCGCGCGCCUACGGCUGCGCGCCGCGCCGGGCGCCGCGGAGGCGCGAGCCAGAGAGCUCAUGGCCGAGCUCGGGCUGCGGCACGUCGCGAACUCGAGGGUCGCCAGCGUCUCUGGAGGCGAGCGGAGGAGGGUGUCUAUCGGCGUCGACCUCGUGCACGAUCCGGCCGUGCUGCUGCUGGAUGAGCCCACGUCCGGGCUCGACUCCGGCUCCGCGCUGCACAUUGUCAAGAUGCUCAGGGACAUGGCCACCGCGCACGGUAAGACCGUCGUGCUCACCAUUCACCAGCCCGGCUUCCGCAUCCUCGAGCUGCUCGACCGCGUCGUCCUCCUCGCCGACGGCGCCGUCCGCCACCACGGCUCCCUACCGUUCCUCGAGGCCCGCCUCGCCGCCUCCGGGCACUCCAUCCCCGCCCACGUCAACGUCCUCGAAUACGCCAUGGAAACCAUCGACACCCUCAAGCCGGACGUCGUCCUGGCCACCGCGCUCACGUACCAAGAUGUUGCCGGGCCGGUGCCCUCGCCAUCGUCCUCGUCCGCGCGCCGCGCCGCGUACGCCAACUCGGCGGCGGAGGAGGUAUGCAUCCUGUCGGGGCGCUUCGUGAAGACGGUGCUGCGGACGCCGCAGCUGUUCGCGGCGCGAAUGGUGCAGUCGGCGGUGGUCGGCGUGUUCCUCGGCACGAUCUUCCUGGGCACCACUGACCUGCAGUCCCGGCUGGGCUUCUUCGCCUUCAACCUCACCUUCGUGCUCUCGUCCACCACCGAGGGCCUCCCGGUGUUCCUCCAGGAGCGCCGCAUCCUGGAAAGGGAGACCACCCGGGGCGCGUACCGCGUGUCCUCCUACGUCGCCUCCAACGCCGCCGUGUUCCUCCCUUUCCUCCUCGCCGCGGCGCUCCUCUACGCGACGCCCGUGUACUGGCUCGUCGGCCUCGCGCGCGAGCCUGCCAGCUUCGCCUACUUUGCCCUCGUCAUCUGGCUCGUCAUGCUCACCGCCAACUCAUUCACCGCCUGCCUCAGCGCGCUGGCGCCCAACUACAUCGUCGGCAACUCCCUCAUCGCCGGCUUCAUCGGCUGCUUCUUCCUCUUCUCCGGCUACUUCGUGGCGAGCAAGGACAUCCCGCAGUACUGGGUGUUCAUGCACUACAUCAGCCUGUUCAAGUACCCCUUCGAGGCCCUCAUCGUGAACGAGUACGGCGGCGCGCGCGGCGGGCAGGAGUGCCUCGCCUCGGCCCCCGGCGGUGGCAUGUGCGUCCUCGACGGCACCAUGCUGCUGCGGCAGCAGGGGAUGCGGGAGAGCAUGAGGUGGAGCAACCUGGGAGUCAUGCUCGGGUUCGUGGUCGGGUACAGGGUGCUCUGCUUCGUGUUCCUGUGGUACAGGUGCCACCGCAUGAGGAGGUGAGGAGGCGCGUGCAGAGACGGCAGAGCAUGCCAUUACCAUUGCCAUUGGCUGGCAUGCAUGCAAAUUGUAAUAUGUCAUCUGAAUGUGAGCUCUUUCAUUUUUAUAUUUUUUUUGCUGUGAUUUUUCUAAAGAUAUUUUAAUCUUGGAUCCCAUUAGGUCGAUAAGAUUAUCUGUAUUUAUAUGUUGGGGAAGAGGUUUGAUCAAGUUCUACUGUUCCAGUGGAAUGGAUGUUGUUCUUCUGUAUCAACAUCAACAAUGCAAUUUAUGGAUGAUGCGAAUAGAUAAAUAAAUCUGAUUCAUAGAAA